AUGAUAAAGGUUGCAGUUGGAGUUCAUGCCGUGAUGGCCAGUGGUGGCGUCACAGGUCCUGUUUGGUUGAACAUUGUUGCUCUUGCUGCCAGGAAGCAUGCUGUUCCAUUUGUCGUUGUUGCUGCAGCCUUGCUAAAUGAAAUGAGAUGUCCAUCAGAAGUCCUGCAAUUCGGAGAAUUCUUAGAUUGCAUGGACUUCAGUUGUGGCAGUGGCACUCCUCUACUUAAUGUUGUCAAUCCUGCAUUUGAUUAUGUGCCACCAGAGCUUGUCAGUCUUCUUGUUACAGGCACGUAA